GAGUAGAUUGAUUGAUGUUCCAUCUUUUAGUGAACACAACAUGGGUUUUGAAUUUUGGAUGUUUCUUUCACUUGUUUAUGUCUCUCAUUUUCAUUUUCAUGGCCUCUCUCUCGCAGAGAAAGCUCCGUAUUACAGCUUUGUUCAUGAAGCAGCGAUGGCGCCAGAAGUGUCGUUUUACGACUACAUAAUCAUCGGUGGUGGGACCGCAGGUUGUCCCUUGGCAGCGACGUUGUCUGAAAGUGCGAACGUUUUAGUCUUGGAAAGAGGAGGGUCGCCUUACGAGAAUCCUACCAAGCCGGACAAAGGGAAUUUCUUCCCUAAUUUAUUAGACGUCUCCCCCAGUUCGUAUGCUCAAGAGUUCACCUCCGAGGAUGGUGUGUACAACGCCCGAGCGCGUGUUCUUGGUGGUGGAUCGGUGAUUAACGCAGGGUUUUACUCGCAUGCUGAACCUGAGUUCUUGAAACAAGCCGGUUUGAAUGAAGCUUUGGUUAAUUAUUCAUACCAAUGGGUUGAAAAGAAGAUAGCUUUUGAACCACCUAUGUUACAAUGGCAAUCUGCAUUACGAGAUGGGUUACUCGAAGCCGGAGUUUUGCCGAAUAACGGGUUUACAUUUGAUCAUAUUUACGGGACUAAAAUUGGUGGAACUAUUUUUGAUGGGGAUGAUCAUAGACAUACAGCAGCAGAUUUACUAGAGUAUGCUAAUCCAUACAGGAUUAAGGUUUACUUGCAUGCCACGGUAGAAAAGAUUAUAUUUGAAACAAAAGUUUUUUCAAGAACAAGAGCUCAAGGGGUUGUUUUCGAAGACGAAUUGGGGAAGAAACAUUGGGCGUUGUUGACAAAAGAUUAUAAAAGCGAGGUGAUCUUAUCGGCAGGUGCCCUUGGUAGCCCACAGUUGUUGAUGUUAAGUGGCAUAGGCCCUUCUCAGCAGCUUAAGAAAUUUGGUAUCAAAGUGGUGAAGGACCAACCCAUGGUGGGUCAAGGACUGGUUGAUAAUCCGCUCAACGUUCUGUUGGUUCCGUCUCCGAGUCCUGUUGAGCUCUCACUCGUUUCGUUCGUUGGCAUCACCCGGUUCGGCAGUUAUAUUGAAGCUUGUAGUGGGAUAAGUUUCACUCCCUCUUGGUCUCGUAGUGUUGCUAAAGCCUUGGCUGCUAUCUUAAACCAGACCGAGCAGAGUAGUACUAAGCUGUUUCAAGAAGGGAUACUGAACCCCGAGUCACUCCUCGACACGAGGAUACGAGGCGGAAUUAUUUUUGAGAAAGUGAAAGACCCGAUUUCCUCAGGUUAUCUUGAGCUUCGGAACAUGAAUCCUCGUGACAACCCUAAGGUGACCUUCAACUAUUUCCAGGCACCAGAGGACUUGAUGAAGUGCGUGCACGGUGUGAAAAUCGCUAUAGACGCUGUAUAUUCCAAAUCGUUCUCGAAUUUCCGUUAUGAAAUCUUGUCGGCUAAGGCUCUCCUAGAACUGAUCGUUAACCUUCCCCUUAAUCAAAGACCUAGGCACCUUACUUCGGCAUUCUCCUUGGAAAAAUUCUGCAUGGACACCGUGAUGACAAUUUGGCACUAUCACGGAGGCUGCCGCCUCGGCAAGGUUGUCGAUCGCGACUACAAGGUCCUUGGUGUGGAGGCCUUAAGGAUUGUUGAUGGAUCCACAUUUACUUCCUCCCCUGGGACUAAUCCUCAAGCUACUGUUAUGAUGCUUGGAAGAUACAUGGGAUUGAAGAUACUGCAAGAGAGAUAUUUCGGGAAGUAUCGGAAGAAAUAGUUGGAUGCUUGGGAAUGUGCAAUGCAAAGCUGAUUUUGGUUUUUUGAUAGAAGGCAAGACAUGGUCCUGCUUGAUUUGUGCUAUUUUGGCUGUCUGUUUUUAUAGUUUUUGCUGCUUUGUAAUUUCUGUUUAUAACUUUGAUUGAUGUGAUGCCCUUUAUUAAUGUUUGAAUAUAUCGUGAUUUAUACA